AUGGCAUCAGCACUACCAACCAUACCUGAGCCUCAAAACUUUGCACCUAGUCCAGACUUUAGGUGGCUUUGCGAAGAGUUAUUUGCCAAAGUAGAUGAGGUUCGAAUUAAUGGGACCGCAGGAACCGGUAAAUCAGUAUCUUUCAGAUAUUACGAAAUAAUAUCAAACUUCACGGAGUUGUGGAGGAAAACGGUAGGAAAUAACAUAUAUCCUGCGUUGAUUCUCGCUCUUCCAUACCGCGAUAGACGGAUCUAUAACAUAAAGGAUUAUGUGUUAAUAAGAACUGUAUGCUCUUACUUAAAGUUGCCGAAAAACUCUCCAACAGAACAAAGAUUGAAAGAUUGGAAACAACGUGUAGGGAAAGGUAGAAGCCUUUCUUCCCUUCUUGUGGAAGAGAUAAGCAAAAGAAGGACUGAAACAACUGGAAAAUUUAUUACCGUUGACAGUAUUAAUGAUUAUCUGGAUGAAUUAAGUGAAGAGAUGAACGCGUCUGGACGUGGUUUCAAGAACCUCGUCAAGUCGAAACCCUUUCUAUACUGUCUGGAGAAUAUGACUUUUGUCGAGUUAAAAUACUUUUUUGAUAUCGUACUUAAGAAUAGAGUAAUUGGGGGACAAGAGCACAAGCUUCUGAAUUGUUGGCAUCCUGAUGCCCAAGAUUACCUUAGUGUUGUAUCUGAUUUAAGGGUAGUGACAUCAAAACUCUACGAUCCAAGAGUUCGUUUAAAGAAUGAUGAAUUGAGUAUAAAAGUUGGCUUUGCAUUUGCACCACAACUGGCCAAGAAGGUGAACCUUUCAUAUGAAAAGAUAUGCCAUGCCUUGCGCAAUGACUUUUUUGUUGAAGAGAAAAUGGACGGUGAACGAAUCCAAGUUCAUUAUAUGAAUUAUGGAAGAUCCAUAAAUUUUUUUAGUAGACGAGGAAUUGACUACACAUAUCUAUAUGGAGAAAAUUUACUAUCGGGAACUAUAUCGCAAUAUUUGAAGUUUUCAGACAGCGUUAAGGAGUGUGUUUUGGAUGGUGAAAUGGUUACUUUUGAUGCAAUGAGGAAAGUGAUUCUCCCGUUUGGGCUUGUGAAAGGAAGUGCAAAAGAAGCGCUUUCUUUCAAUGACAUAAACAAUAAUGAUUUCCAUCCCCUUUAUAUGGUGUUUGAUUUAUUAUAUCUUAAUGGGACCUCAUUGACGCCAUUGCCCCUUUAUCAGAGAAAAGAGUAUCUGAGCAGUAUUUUGACACCCUUAAAAGGUAUUGUUGAAAUAGUACGAUAUUCUAGAUGCUAUGAUGCAGAAUCGGUAAAAAAGGCUUUAGAAGUUGCUAUUUCACUGGGUUCAGAAGGAGUUGUUUUGAAACAUUAUAAUUCUGGCUAUAAUGUCGCCAGUAGAAACAACAACUGGAUAAAGGUGAAGCCAGAAUAUCUAGAGGAGUUUGGAGAGAAUUUGGAUCUAAUCAUAAUCGGCAGAGACUCUGGAAAAAAAGACUCUUUUAUACUUGGGCUACUCGUGGUGGAUGAACAAGAAACAGCCAAAACGGAUCAAGAAGGCUCCCCCGAAAUUUUAAAUGAUUCAAGUGUCGAACAGCCUGUAAAAAAUCCAAAAAUGAGUGUUAAAAAAGUCCUUUCAUUUUGUUCUAUUGCCAACGGAAUUUCUCAAGAAGAAUUCAAAGAGAUCGACCGUAAAACCAGAGGGCACUGGAAAAAAACAUCAGGAUUUUGUCCUCCAUCUUCUAUUUUAGAGUUUGGCUCAAAAACACCAGCCGAAUGGAUUGAACCUAGCGAGUCUAUCGUUUUAGAAAUUAAAUCACGGUCAUUAGAUAACACUGAAACAAACAUGCAAAAAUAUGCUACCAACUGCACUUUAUAUGGAGGUUAUUGUAGAAGAAUACGAUACGACAAAGAAUGGACAGAUUGUUACACACUCGAUGAUUUGUAUGAAAACAGGCGGACUAAAUCUAAUCCAAGCCAUCAAGUUGAGAACCUCCAACUUCAACUGGUGUCUAAGAAAAGGAAGAGGGUACUAGUUUCUGACCCCUUUCACCAAAGCAGAGAACAAAAGCCAAUUUCAGACAUUUUUGACGGACUGUUUUUUUACGUUCUCUCUGAUUACAUCAACAGUGUCACUGGAGUGCGGAUUACACGGGCAGAGCUUGAUGAUGAUAUUGUAAAACAUGGUGGUAAAUUGAUACAUAAUGUAAUUUUGAAACGCCAUUGCAUUGGAGAAGUUCGUCUAAUCGGUUGUAAAAUUACCGGGGAAUGUAAGGCUUUAAUUGAUCGAGGAUAUGAUAUAUUACACCCUCGUUGGAUAAUGGAUUGUACGGCAUAUAAGAAACUUCUUCCGAUCGAACCUAGUUAUUGCUUUAGCGUCUCUGAAAAAUUGAGGGCAGUUGCAACAAGAAGGGUGGACUGUGUCGGUGAUAGCUUUGAAAAUGAUAUCUCGGAGAGUAAGUUGUCUUCGCUACAAAAAAGCCAGCAAAAUUUACCAUCAACAAGACAAGUUGACAAAAGUUUUGAGCUCCAGAUUAUUCCGUUAUUUUUGUUUUCCAAUAGAAUAGCAUACAUCCCACGCAGCAAAAUCGGUCUGAAAGAUGAGAAGCUUCUAGAAAUGAAAAUCAGGCUGUUUGGUGGCAAAAUAACGGACCAACAGUCUCUUUGCAACCUAAUCAUCAUACCAUAUGCCGAUCCUGUUUGGAGAAAAAACUGUUUAGAAAAGGUACAUAUUCAAAUAAAGGAACGGGUAAAGGCUUCGGACUCGGUGAGUGUACCAAGAAUACCCAGAAUUGUUGCCCCUGAAUGGGUGGACCAUUCUAUAAGCGAAAAUUGUCAAGUACCUGAAGAAGAUUUUCCAGUGUCAUACUGUUGA